ACAACUCAUUAGGUUUGCAUUAUUUGGUAAAACCUAUGGGCUUUGCGUAGAUUAUAUUGAGGAACAAUGUUCAUUAGGUAAACAGUUGAUGAUGAUAUUUUGUGGCAGAAAUGUAUAGUAAUGUAUAUUGCUUGUUCCGUGUCUUGUGGUAUAGUAGUUGUAUUGAGUGAGUUACAGUCAAGUCAUGUUCUAACUCAAACUUAUUUGGUUGUAAAAUGUCAAUCUAUAAUUCUACAUAAGAGAGGUAUCUAUGCUAAUGCCUCGUUGGCUAGCUCAACUAAUCGUUAGAGAUCGUUUACAUACAAUAUUGGACUAAAGCAAAUGAAUAUAAUUUUUUGGACAAUAUGAAGUGAAAAAGCUUUGCCUUGACCCACCACUAAUUAUUUCUAAUGUCAUUUUCUUCUCUCUUUGUCGCCUAUUCCUUUUUCAUUUCGCUUAUAUGAUAAUAUAUUACUUAUUGACAUAUAUAAAAAAGCAAACAACAAUGACAAUACUCGUUAAAAGAAAAUUAGAAAUCUCAGAACUAUGUGAUAAUUACCAGUUAACCCCAAUUAAAGACAGCUAUAAGUAACGCUAAACCUAAUAGUCUGUUCAGACUAGUAAGCUUUCUUACUUGACUACGGAAAACAUGCUUAGUUUGGAAUUAGGUUCUGUAGUUUCCUUACAUAAAAAGAAACACACGUACGAAAUAAGAAGAGAAAAGAACCAUACGAAUUGAACCAUAAGUAAAUAAAAAACAUACGAAUAGAACCACAAAUCAACAUCUUUCAGUCACAUUCUAUCUCUCUCUUGAUGUGCCCAUAUUUCUUGCUGUCAACAAUUCACAGCCUCCUUCAUUGCAUCACCCAUCAACAAACAAAAAAACGCCUUUAAAUAUUAAAUAAUUCUACCUAAAAACCAUUCAAACAAACAAAAAUAUUUUCCCACUCUCUCUCUCGCUCUCGUUUUCUCUCAUCGUCUCCUCCAAUCUUUAGUUCAUCAGAUGUCUUCUCGAACCCGCAGAUCAAGAACCAACCAACUCAGGAGAACAAUCCUUAGUCUAGGUCUUCUUCUUGUUAUUUUGAGUUGCUGCAAUGGAGCUACAACCACGAACAUGUUCAGCACGAGUUCACCACCUAAACAACCCGACGUAGUUUCACCACCUCAUCAUCAUCACAAUCGUCAAGUACAAGAUCACAAAAAUGUACAGUUUUUGGGGUUCUUGCCACGUCAGUUUCCGGUUCCAGCUUCUGGUCCUUCAAGAAAACACAAUGACAUCGGUUUAAGUAGUACUACUGGGACUCCUUCUCCUUGAAGUUCAAAAGAUUUUAUUAAUCAUUCUCCCUUUUUAUUUCUGUAAGUUUUGUGGUUUAAUUUUGGUCUAAACUGAUGUAAAUAGAAUAUUAAUUUGAUUUAUUUCUGGGAAAUGCUGUGAGAAGAUCAUCUUUUUUUUUGUUUUUAAUAUUGGAGUUUGUUAAAUCCAUUGAAUUAUUGCACGUACGUAAGUGUAAAGGAGGAGACAUAAGAGCAACAUUAUUGGUGGGAUGAAGAGAGAGAGGGAGAGAGUCCCUUAUUUUUUUUUUUUUUUUUUUUGGUCAUUAAAGAGUAAGGGACAACCCUUAAUUAAGGGAUUUUCCCUUCUCUUUCUUCCUCGGUCCCCACC